AUGGCUCAUAGCCGAACCGACACCCGUACCCAGAGCAAACAAGAAGAAAUGCCCGACCAGUCUCAAGCAUACCCUCUAUCUGGAUAUUAUGCUUUAAUAUUGAAAUCCGAUUCUCCAUAUUACAACCUUCCAGUGACCGCUCGAUCCACUGCUCCUCGGCCCGAAGAGAAGCCAAAAGAGGAACAAACGCCCGAAGAUAAAAUGUCUAUUGUGUUUGGUACUCGUCUUGCUGGUCCAGGUCGUCAGUCUCGUUAUAAUCCAGGCGAGGCACCACCAGAGUCCGAAUGGCAAACUAUCAAUGGUGUUCCUAUCCCACCCCAACCCGAGAAGCCUGAAAAUUGCUGUAUGAGCGGCUGCGUGCACUGUGUGUGGGAUGACUUUCGAGACGAGAUGGAAGAAUGGGCUGGCCGUGCUGCAAUUGCCAAGGCUAAGGGCGGCCUUGAGAAGGGCACUCGGGACAUGCGCACUGCGCCUCGAUCAGAGGUUGAUUCAGCCAGUCUCAGUAUGGAUGAUGACGGCGGUGGAAGCGAAGCCAACUGGCCAGCUCCAAGUCAAGAUGAUGACUUGUUUGCCAACAUCCCAGUUGGAAUUCGGGAGUUUAUGAAGACUGAGAAGAAAUUGCGGGUCAAGCACCAGAACAAAGCGACUAUAUAA